AUGGCUCCUCAUGCUGGGUUUGAUACAAAUCAGAUUAAAGAUAAAGCGAGGAAGGAUUUACUAUACUUAUUAGAGGGUGUUCGCGGAAAGAAGAAUCUCGUACUUGAACAGAGUUUGGCUGGUCCACUUGGCGUCAUUGUCAAGUUUUCGACUCUUCAAGAUUACGGUGUCGAUAAGGUCUUCUUCUUAGAGAAUGGCAAUGCAGAUGUUAGCCAGCAGAAUGUCGUGUUCAUUGCUAGGGGAGAGAGUGCGAAACAUGCUCAAUCAAUAGCUGAUCAUAUCAAACGCAUGCAGCGAGAGAGCCAGACAGGACAUGAAUUUUCCAUAUUUUGGGUCCCACGAAGAACAUUAGUAUCAGAAAAGAUUCUUGAAGAAUCUGGCGUACUGGGUGACACCAGUAUUGCCGAGUUUCCUCUCUAUUUUCUUCCGCUAGAAAAGGACCUCUUGUCAUUAGAAUUGCACGAAUCGUUCGAAGAUUUAUAUCUACGAAAAGACCCAACGCCGACAUUUCUCCUCGCACGUGCUUUGAUGCUCAUACAACAAAAACAUGGCCUAUUCCCUAGAAUGACUGGGCAGGGUGAUAAUGCGAAGAGACUUGCCGAUCUCCUUUUACGAAUGCGACAAGAAUUGAUCGCGGGCGAAGAUUCCAAUGAAAGCAAUAAACUUGGACUCUCCCCAAGUAACACGGUCGAAAGCCUCAUUAUUAUCGAUCGCGAAAUUGAUUACGCGACCCCUUUACUGACGCAAUUAACAUACGAGGGGCUGAUUGACGAGGCGGUAGGUAUUCAACAUAAUCAAGCCGAUGUGGAUUCAUCUAUUGUGGGGUCCGCUCCUCAAGCCCCUCAAGGGUCCUCGAAAACAGUCGGAGCAGCACCUGUACAAGCCAAAAAGCGGAAAAUAAUACUGGACUCGUCCGAUAAACUUUAUUCUCAAUUGAGAGAUACCAAUUUUGCUAUUGUUGGACCGCUCCUUAACAAGGUCGCACGACGCCUGAAAGAUGAUUAUGAAAGUAGACAUGGAACAAAAAGUACUGCAGAAUUGAGAGACUUUGUGAACAAGCUCCCAGGUUACCAAGCCGAGCAGCAAAGCUUGAAAAUACAUACUGGUUUAGCAGAAGAGAUAAUGAAACAUACUCGUACAGAACAAUUCAGCAAACUGCUAGAAGUUCAACAAAAUCUGGUCGCCGGUGCCGAUCCUUCUUCCCAACACGACGCCAUCGAAGAGCUCAUUGCUCGAGAUGCCCCUCUCCCUGAAGUCUUAAGACUUCUGUGCCUAGAAUCAUGCAUCUCUGGCGGUAUCAAACCUCGCGAAUUGGAUACGUUCAAGAAAAUGAUCCUACAAGCGUAUGGGUACCAGCACAUGCUCACCUUGGAUGCUCUGGAGAAAUUACAAUUACUACUCUCAAGGACAUCUCCAAUGGCAUCAAUGAUUCCCAUGACCGGAGCUGGAGCUCAACCUGGUGCCAAUACCAAUUAUACUUAUCUGCGAAAACAACUUCGCCUAAUUGUUGAUGAAGUUAACGAGCACGAUCCAAAUGAUAUCGCUUAUGUCUACAGUGGUUACGCGCCACUUUCGAUACGCCUCGUUCAAUGCAUAUUGCAAAAACAAUAUAUCAUUUCGAUGACCAGAGGAGGAAAUGCGAACAAUACUGCGAGCGUGGCUACUGGCGGCUCUUCUCAAGGCUGGCGAGGAUUUGAUGAACCAUUGAAGCAUGUGCGAGGCCAGACCUUCGAUGAAGUACAAAAAGGGGAAGAUAAAGCUGUCAAAGCGAGAGCCCUUCUCACGGGCAGUGGUGAGAAAAAGACUGUUUUUGUUGUAUUCCUAGGGGGAAUAACAUUUACAGAGAUUGCAGCUUUGAGAUUUAUCGCGAAGCAAGAAGAAGCACGAAAGCAAAUCAUUAUAUGCACAACCUCGAUCAUAAAUGGGAAUCGAAUGAUGGAUGUAGCGAUAGAGAAGGACUCGUUGGGCAGAACUAGUGUGCCGGACGUAACAUUAUGA